AUGAAGACUAAAUGGAGAAAUCUAAGGGACACAUACAAAAAAUAUAAACAGAGCCAGCAAACAAGCAGUAGACAAGUCGCGAAGAAACUCGCUAAUUGGCAAUGGGCUGACCAAAUGUCGUUCAUAGAUUCUUCCAUAAACUUAAGGGAAACUGACAGUACACUGGAAGCUAGCAGGGUAAUACUGGAUACCAAUACUCUAUCUACAGAGAAUGAACAUGACAAUUCUACAGAAGCCGAACAAGUUUCAAAUAACAAACAGAACGAGCUCCGAAUUGUUCAAGAACUUAAGGCAGUCGAGACUACAUCUGAAACUAAUCCAACACGUGAAAUAUCCCGAAGAAGACGACGUGUAAGCAACGACGAUCCUGCUGACAAGAUUAUAAAUUAUUUAAAGACUAGAAAAUCUGGAAAUACAGGCACAAACGCCACAGAAAAUUUCGUCAAAAUAGCGUGUGAUCGAAUGGAUAUGGACUUUCUAGGUUAUGCCCAUACUGUCAAGACAUUUUCUCUACGUUAA